CCGCGGCCGGCGUUCAGACUUUAGUCGCAGAGCAAGCGCCGUCGUCGACGCCCGCGCGCCCCGUACGUACCGUACCCUCUAUCGCCGCGCUGAGCCGCGACGACUCCGACGGUCCGCGUCGUGUUCAGUGAACUCGAGUGAUAUACGAAUAUUAAUAUUUGUCUGAAAAAGUUCCUUUGAAGUUGGUGAAAUUUAAAUCGUGGGAUGAUUCCCCGGCGCAAACACAACGCCAGCUCGGGCUCGCUGCCCGGACAGGACGACAAGCACGCCAGCAAUGACUACAUACUGGCGGACGGCGGGAGGCGCGAGGGCUGGCGCGCCGCCAUCCGCCGGCGCCUGCGCUGCAACCGCAAGACCCUGCAGAAGCGCCUGCCCAUCAUCGCCUGGAUGCCCUUCUACGACGGGCCGAAGGCGGUGGGCGACCUGAUCGCGGGCGUGACGGUGGGGCUGACGGUGAUCCCGCAGUCGCUGGCGUACGCCAACAUCGCGGGCGUGCCGGCGCAGUACGGGCUGUACGGCUCGUUCCUGGGCUGCUUCAUCUACAUCGUGCUGGGCGGCUGCCGCGCCGUGCCCGCCGGCCCCACGGCCAUCGCAUCGCUGCUCACGUGGCAGGUGGCCGGCGGCGUGGUGGAGAAGGCCAUCCUGCUCAACUUCCUGACGGGGCUGAUCGAGCUGCUGAUGGGCGUGCUUGGGCUGGGCUUCCUCAUCAACUUCGUGUCGGGGCCGGUGUCGUCGGGCUUCACGUCGGCCGUGGCGCUCAUGAUCGCCACGUCGCAGGUCAAGGACCUGUUCGCGAUCCCGGUGGCCGGCAGCACCUUCCUGCAGCAGUGGAUCUCCGUCUUCCGCAACAUCCGCGACGCCUCGCUCUGGGACCCCGUGCUCGGCUUCUCCUGCAUCGCGCUGCUCCUCUCGCUCCGGAAGGUGGGAAUGAUUCAGCUGGGCAAGACGCGCGUGGGCGGGCCGAGCACGCACCAGAAAGUGAUCACGAAGUGCCUGUGGCUGCUGGGGACGUGCCGCAAUGCCAUCGUGGUGGUAACCACGGGCGUGCUGGGCUACUGGUUCGUGGCGACGCGCGGCUCCUCGCCCGUGCGGCUGAUGGGCCACAUCCCUUCGGGGGUGCCGCUGCCUUCGCUGCCGCCGCUGAGCUACGUGCGCCCCGACAACACCACCGCCGGCUUCGUGGACAUGGUGGCGGAGAUGGGCUCCGGCCUGCUGGUCAUCCCGCUCAUAGUCCUGCUCGAGGACAUUGCCAUCUGCAAGGCUUUCUCUGACGGCCGCACCAUCGACGCGACGCAGGAGCUAAUCGCGCAGGGCGUGUGCAACAUGGGCAACUCCUUCAUGCAGGCCUACCCCGGUGGCGGCUCGCUCGCGCGCUCCGUCGUCGCCAACGGCUCCGGCGUCAAGACCACGUUCGGCGGCUUCUACACCGGCGUCAUGGUCAUACUCGCACUGCAGUUUUUCACGCAGUACUUCGAGUACAUCCCCAAGGCGGCGCUGGCGGGCGUCAUCAUCUCGGCCAUCCUGUUCAUGGUGGAGUACGACGUGGUGCGGCCCAUGUGGCGCGCCAAGAAGCUGGACCUGGUGCCAGGCGUGGGCACGUUCGUGCUGUGCCUCACGCUGCCCAUCGAGGUGGGCAUCCUCAUCGGCGUCGUGGUCAACAUCGUGUUUAUCCUGUACCACGCCGCGCGGCCCAAGUUCUCCGUGGAGCUGCUGCGCACGGACGCCGGCCGCGAGUACCUCAUGAUCACGCCUGACCGCUGCCUUAUGUUCCCGAGCGUGGACUACGUGCGCAAGCUGGUGACCAAGUGCGCGGCCGGCGCCGACGUGCCCGUCGUGCUGGAGUGCACGCACAUCUACAGCGCCGACUACACCGCCGCCAAGAGCAUAGAGCAGCUCACCGCUGACUUCCACGCGCGCCGCCAGCCGCUCUACUUCUACAACGUGAAGCCGUCGGUGUGCUCCAUCUUCGAGGCGGUGGCCAAGCCCGAGCACUUCACCGUGUUCUACGAGGACGAGGAGCUCGACCGGCUGCUGGCGGCGGACGAGCGCCUGCGGCCCAGCAAGCCGCCGCCGCCGCCGCCCCAGGUGGCCUGAGACGACGCGGACGUCCCGCGACCGACUUCCAUAUUUUUUGACGAUGUCUUUAACUGCCGAGAGUGUGAUAUGUUGGAAAGGGAGCGCGCCUACGCCGUAGGCGCGCUCGCCGGAGUCUGGAAAAAUCGGCGCCAGGCGUCGAUGUAAAACGAGAGUGUAUAUUUUAGUAUGGGCAAGGGCCGAGGGGAUCCGCCGCGCGCGGUGCCCGACCUCCCGCUUGUGUUUCCGCAUGGCGUUAUUUUUCUAAAGCUAUAUUAGAUUUAUAUGGGGCUCUCGCGCCCGUCCGUUGUGAUCUAUAGUUAAGUUAAAGUAAUAGUCGAACGAGCAGGUCCGCAGAGCGGUGCGGCCGUCCGACCGCCACGCUGCCCUGGGGCUGCACUGUACAAACUUCUUAGUACCUAACGAGUAGUCUUAGAGAUGUUUUAUUUAUUUUUUAGAACUACUAAGUACAAGUUAGGAAAUAAAAAAUUGAACUGUUAUUGUAGCAGGGAAACCCUGAUGAAAGUUCCCGAGAGUGUGUUUGACUGCGUGUGUGCGCGUGCGUACGUGUGAAUGCAUGUGAAUUAUGACCAUCGUGGAAGAACGUACCUUACGACAGAAGAUAGAUAUAUUUAUCAAAAAUAUUGAAUUUACAUUCUAAUAUAAUAAUUAAUAUAAAAAUUAUGGUGCGUUUAAGUUAUUGACUACUUAUAGUUUAUUUGUCGCAAUACCAAAAUAAAUAUCUGAUAAUAAAAUACUAAACUCUCUAAGAGUAUAAUUUGUU